GACCCAAAUGGCAAAUUCAAGAUUCCAGGCUCAUGUUUCCAAGAUUCUUGUUGGGUUAUAUGUUUUCAGCCUAAUCUUGGAACCAAAGAUUUUUGCAUUGGCUGGUGAUGAAGGUGCUGCAGCAGCGACCAACAGUAGUGAAGGUAAUGCAGGUGUAUCACCUCAAAGUAAGGAUGAUUAUAUCGGUGGCAAUGGUGGCAACAAUGGAAUUGAAGUAUCACAGCUUUGUAACACAGAUUUACAGACUUUUCUUCCUCCACCAUAUGGUAAUAUAUCCCGCAUGGUCUGCAAGCCUAUUUGGAAUACUUUUAUUUUGAGGUAUUUGAAAAGAGAAGAUCAUGUUAUGACCAUUAUAUUAUCAGCAAUAUAUACCACAGGAUGGGUGGGGAUGGGAUUUUCAAAAGAUGGAAUGAUGGCUGGCUCCAGCGCGAUGGUGGGAUGGUUUAAUAGGAAAGGUCAGGCAAGAAUCAAGCAAUUUUUCUUGCAGGGUACCCGUCCAUCCCAGGUCAUUGCUGGCAAAGGUGAAUUGCCACUUGCAAAUGUUCCUCCAGUCGUUGUAAUUCAUGGAGCCAUGAUUUAUUUAGCAUUUCAACUGAAGUUUGAAAAUAGUAUUGGUCGUCAACCAAUUAUUUUGGCUUUUGGUACAAGAUAUCCUCACCACCUUCACCUAACCCAUCAUGAUGACAAAAGAACCAUUAUGUUUGAUUUCUCCGGAGGCUCUUCAUCUGUUUUGCAAGUGAGUUCUAGAGAGAAGAAGAAUCAUGGAGCAUUAGGUGUCAUUGGCUGGGGUUUAAUCCUUCCUGUAGGGGCAAUUGUUCCAAGAUACUUCAAGCAUAAAGAUCCACUGUGGUAUUAUCUUCAUGCGAUUAUUCAGCUUUUGGGAUUUGUUUUUGGGCUUGCUACAGUGCUCCUUGGAAUACAACUCUACGAUAAAUUGAAUGUCAAGAAUGCUAACAUUGAUGCACACAGAGGCAUAGGAAUCUUUAUUCUUGUGCUUAGUAUUCUUCAGAUAUUGGCAUUCUUUCUACGACCAAAAAAGGAAUCCAAGAUUCGCAGGUACUGGAAUUGGUACCACAACUGGUUUGGCAGGAUUGCACUCUUCUUUGGAGCUAUAAACAUAGUGUUGGGAAUCCAAAUAGGAUAUGCAGGGAAUGAAUGGAAGAUAGGGUAUGGGUUCCUUCUUGCUAUAAUUCUACUAGCAGUUAUUGUUUUAGAAGCAUUAUACUGGAUGAAAAGAUCGGAUCAGAAGGCCACACCUUCAACAUUCCAGAUGAAUCCAAUGCAAUGAUCAAUGUUCAAGUAGUAUUCUUUCAAAAGUCUGUUUUAUUAACUUUGUGAUCGAUUCAAAUUUGAUCGGUGAGUAUGGCUGAUGAUAUAUUGUGAGUUUUGGAGAAAUGGUAAGAAAAAAUUUAAGCAGCAAACAAAUCCCUUCUGAAAAGGCCAAGCCGAGCCAAAGUGCAUUUGGUUCAAUUUUCAAGAGACAUAGCCUUAUCUUGUGUUAUGGUAGAGAAAGGAUUAAAUGGUUGGAUAAUUGUUUACAAAGAUGUACAGUUCCAGUGAUAACUUUGUUUGUGCGUAGUAAGUGGAAAACUUAUCUUAUUCUUGCUGGUUGCUGG